AUGUCCCCAAGUACAACUCCGAACUCGGACAAAGUAAAGAAGAGACCCAAAGUUAGAGGUUGUUACCAAUGCUCUCGUCGACGCAUAGAUUGUGAUCGCAAAGAGCCAGAGUGCGCAAAGUGUGUUGCCAAGGGUGUCAAAUGUAGCGGUCUGGGUCUAAGAUAUCGUUUCAACGAUGGGAUUGCUGCAAGAGGGAGGUUCGUUGGCAAGACGAUUCCAAUUGUCGAUGGACCGGUGAAGUCGGCAAAGAAGGACGAUGUGCCCGAUAAACGAAGAAAGGAUGAUCCGUUCAGGAAAAGUGGCUAUGAAGAUACAAGGCACCCCGAAGAUGAGAUUGACGAGACAGUGGAGGAUAUUACAGAAACAACAGAGUUGGCGGUAUCAUAUCAAAAACCGUUAUCAGUCGACUGGGGUCUAGAUCACGUCGAUCCAAAGUCAAGAUUCUGUCUCGGAUAUUUCUCAAAUAACAUAGCCCAACUCAUCGCCGUCAUAAACAUGGGCUUCAACGGCUACCGCGAUCUAGUCCUCCCAAGAGCAGAAACAGAUCCCCUAGUCCGCAAAGCAGUUCUUCUCGUCGUCGAACAGCAUCUCUCUUUACAAAACGGGACUAUAGUAUCACUCGACCCAGCAGCAUACGGUUCCAUCGUGAGAGAGCUUAUUUCAAGGUCGAAUCAAUGUGCGCCUCAAGAUGAUGAUUCUGCUCUUACGGCUUUGUUGUUGUUGCAUAUUCGCGAGAUGAUCAGUGGGAGUGAUAACUUUAAACUGAUAUAUGGGUCUUUGAGGGUUGUUGUUAAUGCACUUGCUGCAAAGGGAGAUAGAAGGACUUCUGAUCUUAGGAGAUUUCUUCAAAUGCAAAUUCUCAGAGUCUGCCUCUUUGGAGAAUCUCUUUUCAACGAAACAAACGGCGUCCAUUUCAUCCAAGCCCAGCAAAGAGCCUGUCUAGAAUUCAUAACAUGGUGCGAAAGCGUCCAUCCCGAACUAAAACCCCUCCUCUCCCAACUCGCAAACCUAACAACCCUCGCCUGUGAUAUCUACGUCCAACGCGCUAUCUUCAACCCACCGCCCGAAGCAACUGUCCACCGGAUAGAAGAGUUCAAACAAUCCCUGAACGAAAUAGACGCGUAA